AGUUAAUAUGUCAAAAAUCACUGCAAGCCCGGUUGUGAGUCAGCAUGCUAGUUGCGUGAUGGGUGACGACUAUCAUGUUAUGAGGUGGAGCGUGAGUUCAUUAAAAAUAUUGUAGGGAAAAGAAAACGAAAAAUAAAAAAAAUGCGUAAAACCUUCGUUAAUCUUAUGUGAAUGGAACACCGGCUUUGCGUCUUAAGAUGGGAGAUUGACAGUAUAUUCAAGUUAAAAAAAUAUAUGAAUAUUAAAAAUUUUCAGUCAAAUAAUUAUAGAUAAACUUGAAACACGAUCCCACCAAAGCCAACAAUUUCUCCGACGAAACAAACAGAUCCAUUUUACAAACAAUAAUUUGUAUUCGUCACGUUUUCAGAAUUAAGCUUGUAAUAAAAAAAAGUCUUCUAUAAUCAAAAAACUUUAUCCUUCAGAAAUAGCUUUGAAUAAUUUUGUUCAACAAAAUUAUAAAAAAACUUUUUUAUUAAAUAUUUCUGACAGACACAUAAAGCAAUUCUGCUGUCAGCUGUGAUUUUUAUCGUAACCGUUUAUUUCUAAAAAUAUUUUGUAAUUCUUUUUUUUUUAUAAAUGCCAUGAAGAAAGUGAGAUUGACGGUUAAUUUAACUUUGUAUACAAAGGUUCACAAAUAAUUUAAUGUAAAUUACUUUGUUUCGCAAUCAUGAAAGACGAAUGGGAAAGAAAUGAUGCUGUAGAUGUUAGUAAUGGUGUUUCAUGGAGUUGGGAGCAAUAUUGGAGCACGGUUCUACACCAAUACGGUGUGCCCUUUAUGCAAUUUUGGAUCAGUUUUUUUUAUGGACUUUAUACGCAUUUUACUUUCACAGCCUUGGCAUUAUAUUUUGUUAAAUAUGUCCCGACGGCAAUUUACAUGUACACGCUGGUGAAGAAUAUAUAUUUGACAUCGCGGGAAAGAAUAAAACGAAAGCAAAACGAACUUGAAGAUAUUCAGCUACAGAUUCAGAUAGUGAAUACAAAAUUGUGUGUACGUGAUGCCGAAUUCACGGAACGAACGGAGCAAUUGCGUAGAGACGCGGAACGCUUGAGGAGGGUGCGGGCGCGCGUGCGUGACGUCAUAGCCACGGACGAGGCGCUCCGACGUACACUCGAAGGCGCCGCUUGGGACAACGACCACGACGCUCUAUCUCAUUCGACCCCGCAAGAAAAUCGGGAGUUCCUUAUACGAUUAUUAAAAGAAAUGAAAUGUGACCAGGUCAAUGUAUCUGAACGACAACCUGGUAAAAUGGACUGCGGAGAGCAGCUGCCAAAUGAGAGUCCAUCGCCAGAAAACAGCAUUUACUCAUCGCUCAGCGACGGAGACCUCCGCCAAGACUGUCGCGUGAAGAUUGUCAACGUUACAAAUGUGUAUAAAGUUGCUUAUUUGAAACACUAUAUAAAACAAAAAAGACUGAGGCGUGCAAACCGUCAUGCCAUGAUCAAGAAAAAGAUGGAGAGCGUAAAAAAGCUUCUAGAAGAUUGGCAAAACACUCUUAGUAUGGUGAUCAAUAGUGAAUUGACUAUACUGAAUAUCGACACGCAUUCGGCCGAUGUUACAUCUCGUAAGGCCCGGGGAGAUUACACGAAGCCAAACGAUUCCUCAGAUUCAGGAGACAGCGAUUUGAGGAACAGCAGUAGUGAUUUGAACAGUGAAUACGCCGCGAACUGGACGCAAGACAAUAAGGCCAGCCCGUGCAUACACACAGGGGAUCUUUUAGACACAGCUGAAUGCGACUUCCAACAGUACGGUGACGUCUGCUCCCAUUCUUCGCAAUGCGAAUACAGCAGUCACGUAACGAGACCUGCGUUGAUGUCGAUGAUGCCGGCGGAGCCCGGCCGUCUAUUGACCAUCGAAGAAGUUAAAAAAGAAAACGAAUACGACGAAGAAUGUUCUGACAAUAUUGCUAUUUGAAGUUUUUCUAAAUUAAUAUAUUUUUAUUUG